UCUUCGAGGAUCGAGAGAAAUGUCUUUCUGCGUAAUCCUUCCGUAAAGAAUAAUUUUCUACGAACGAUUCUUUUGUUUACGAUGUCUUCGUUGUUAUUUCAUCAUUGGAUUGCCGGUUGGCUAUUGUUGGCUUUCUUUGGAUCAAAAAUGUCUGACUGUCAAAAUUUAUACUUGAUGCCAUAUGGAACUUAUUAUGAGGAUUAUAGAAUUGAAUCAAACGAUCGUGUCAAAUACGACGUACCGGAAACAUAUUAUCAAUACUCACCUCCUGUAGAUUCAGAUCUCGAAAAUAAUAUUUUAAGAAAGAAUCAUUUGAAUUUCUCGCCAUCGAGCUCAUCGAACUAUGAUUACGUCGCUCCAUCACAGGAUAUUCUUGAUAAAAAACGUCGUCCCGAUAAGAACGAUGAGGAUAAUGUUUGGUUGGAUGAAGAAAUUCUUGAAAAAAUGAAUAUGCUCGAGAGAAUGCUGUCGGACGAAUCAAACGAGAAGGAUUUCGAGACGAAAAAUUCUAUCAAUGAUAAAAUCAUUUCGGAAUCUAUCAUGCCGGAAGAAACGAAGAGGGUCGUCAGGCAAGUUCGUAAACAGAGGCCAGGAUUUUUUUGGACCCUUGCAAAGAUCGCAUUUGAGACAUUCAACGACACUCAAUCGGCGAUUAAACAAAUUAGUUCAAUAAUUAGUAAUAGUAUUGGACCAGAUACAACAACUAGUAAAUCAAUGAUCAGUGAUUCGUUGAUGGAAUCAAGUAAAACGUCGAUGAUAAACGAACGAAAUGAGACCACAAUGACGACAGAAGCUACGAUGACGAACAUGAAGCAAACUCCAUUACUUACAAGGAGCGAACUUCAAUCAUUAAUUACCAGAAACAUCAAAGGAUUAAUUCGAUUAUUUAACAUCGAAUGGCAGGAUGCCCUUAAACAAUCGGAUGUUAAUGUGAAUGAAUUUAGAAAAGACCUUGGUAAGCAAGUAGGAACGUACUUGCAAGAUAAUCCCAAUGCCUAUUGAAAACGGAUCUGCUGGGAAUUAGUGUAUAUAUAUAUGUGUGUGUAUGUAUGUGUGUAUGCGUGUGUGUGUAUGCAUGUGUUUGCGCGCGCACGUGCAAAAUAGAACGGAUUUCUCUUAGACGUAAAAUAACGUCAUAAUUUAAUUAUAAUUAUUGAACGAUGAAACAGCCAAAGAUCGGUUAUAGAAAAAAAGAAACAAGUUAAUUACACAUUACGACACGUGUGAUAUGUCACAACUUAAAUGUCGUCACCACAAUGUAAUAUAAUUUUAGAUACUUAACAAUUUUCAAUAAUAUCGAAAUGUAAUAACAAUUGUACAAACUUUAUGAGCAUUUCAUUUAGUAAUAAAUUGUGUCACAAAUUAUAUCGUAAAAAAAAAUCUACGAACAUCGAAAAUUAUAAUAUAU